GCCGUCUAGUUCAAAUCAAAUUGAAUUUAAUUUUAAUUAACAUUCAUUAAAACAAACAUAUUAGAAAAUGGCAAAAUUCAUACUUAUCGCUGCCCUAUGCAUUUUGAGUGCUGCCCUCACCAAAGCGGCUUUCAACAAAGAGGAGGCCAUUAAAACCUUUAUGACCAGAGCUGAGGAAUGUCGCGGAGAAGCUGGUGCCGCUGACUCCGACAUUCAGGACCUGAUCACAAAAUCUCCUGCCGCCGGCAAGGAGGGCAAAUGCAUGCGCUCUUGCAUUAUGAAGAAAUAUGGUGUGAUGGAUAGCAAUGGAAAAUUUGUUAAAUCCGUCGCAAUGGAGCACACCAAAACAUAUACAGACGGCGAUGCGGAUAAAUUGAAAAUAGCUAAUGAAAUUAUCGAUGCCUGUGCCGAUAUCGCUGUGCCAGACGAUCAUUGUGAGGCAACGGAAUUGUAUGGCAAAUGUUUUAUGGAACAAACUAAGGCUCAUGGCAUUGAUAAAUUUGAAUUUUAACUAAGCGAUUAGAAACAUAUUGGAAACGAAACCUCUGCAACUUUUUAUUCGAUCACCGACUUACGUGGGAUAUACAUGUAUACAUACAUACAUUAACAGAAUGUGGAAAAUUUAUAUAUCCAUUUGUGUUUAUGUUUGCACAGAUGCAUUUUUAAUUUUUGUUUUUGUUAUUAAAGCAAUUGAAUAUACUUAAUUGUACAUA